AUGUUCGGUCACGACCCCCGGGAGCCGCCUCUGGCUCCCACUUCCAUCCCCCUCAUCGGCCACCUGGUCGGCCUCUCCCGGAGCAAGUUCAACUACUACGUCGAGCUCAGCGAGCAAACCGGCGUGCCCAUCUUCACCAUGGCCCUCCCGGGGCAAAAGAUGUACGUCGUGACCAGACCAGACCUCAUCCAAACCAUCCAGAAACAGCACAAAGUCCUCGCCUUCCCGCCCAUCGAGGCCAAGUUCGCCUCCACCGUCUGCGGCGCAAGCAAGCACGCCCAGGACAUCCUCGCGAAGAACGUCAACGGCGACGAGGGCGAGCACGGCCUGUCGAUGGAAUCCUACGCCGCCAUGCGCGAGGCCCUCAGGCCUGGCCCGCAGCUCGACGACAUGAACCGGCACAUGAUCCAGGAGAUCGCCGUGGCCCUGGACGCGCUGCAGCCUGCACCCGGCAAAACCAAAAUCAUCGGCAUGUACGCGUGGCUGCGCGACACCAUCACCACGGCGACCACCCGUUCCGUCUACGGGCCCAUGAACCCGUACGACGACAAGGCCGUUGCCGAUGCCUUUUGGGAGUUUUCGUCGGGACUCGUGUCCAUUCUGCUGGGCGUCUUCCCUUCCCUGACCGCGCGCAAACCUGUCGCGGCGCGCCAGAAGGUCGCCAAGGCUUUCGAAGCGUAUUAUCGCGCGGGUGGCGUGGAGAAGGCGUCCGCGCUUGCUAGGCUGCGCUAUCAGGCCGAGGUCAACAACGGCGUGCCGCUGGAGGAUAUCGCGCGCUAUGAGGUUGGCGGGUCGAUCGCCAUCAUGGUGAACACGGCGCCCGCGGCGUUUUGGACGCUCUUCUUCUUGUUCUCACAGACCGGGUUGGUGGACGAGAUCCGCGCCGAAAUUGAUGCGUGCACCGAGACACAAGGCGAUACCAGAAUCAUUGACAUCAUCACCCUUAAAUCAUCCUGCCCUUUGCUGCUGUCCGCCUACCAGGAGGUGCUCCGCCACCGCUCGAUGGGGACCUCGGUGCGACAGGUCAUGGAGGAUACUUACCUCGACCAGUGGCUUCUGAAGAAAGGCGCCAUGCUGCAGAUGCCGAGCCGGGUGAUUCACCAGGACCCGUCGCUUUGGGGGAGUGAUGUUGCCGACUUCAACCCCCGGCGUUUCUUGGCCGAGAAUAGGCAGAAGCGCCCCAAGGACGUGUGUUUCCGUGCUUUUGGCGGCGGCAAGACGCUGUGCCCUGGCCGCCAUUUUGCGACUAACGAGGUCUUGGCGGUCGUCGCGGUGUUUAUUGCGCGGCUGGAUAUGAAGCCUGUUGGCGAGGGAGGGUGGAAGAUGCCGACGAGUAAGAAUACCAAUGUCGCGGCCGUGGUGAUGGAGCCGGAUGCGGACGUUGAGGUUGAGGUUACACUGAGGAAGGGGAUGGAGGGGGUGAAGUGGCAAGUCAGGUUGUAUGGGAAUGGGGAUAAGGUGUUUGCUAUGGUCACGGAGGAUCAGGAGGCAGAGUGA